GAAGACUUGAAAGCAAAUUUAUUCGUCAAAAGAAAUGGUCUAAACAAAUGGAAAUCCACACUCAAGACGGAAAAGACUGGUUGUAUGACGUACAAUAAGUCGCCGUGUCACUAAAGGAGGGAAGGCGAAACUUUUGGAUCCACGGUGUCUUGAGUACACUGACCGAGUGAGGGGGAAAAGGGAAUGAAACCCAUCUUCGUUUUUAAUCUUUUCACCGGUAGGCUACCACGGACACAUUUUAAAAGAGAAUCACAUGAAGUAGCAAGCGGUUGCCCCAACUCAUAAUGCGGGGAGAUUGAUGAGUGACAGGAAACAAGAACAGCUCCAAUACGUUUUUUUCCCACUCCGACUUAUCUUUGGAUAUCUUUAGGCGAAGUGUUACACACUACACCUUGUUCUGUUUGUCUCCAUAACAAGGACUUGUGUAGUGUUUGGCGGAUAAAAUAAAGAUGACGUCCCCGGCUAAAUUCCGAAAGGACAAGGAGAUAAUAGCUGAAUAUGAGACUCAAGUUAAAGAGAUCCGGGCCCAGCUGGUGGAGCAGCUCAAGUGUCUGGACCAGCAGUGUGAGCUCCGUGUACAACUCCUCCAGGACCUGCAGGACUUCUUCCGCAAGAAAGCCGAGAUUGAGAUGGACUAUUCUCGCAACCUGGAGAAACUGGCCGAGAGAUUCCUAGCCAAGACCCGAAGCACCAAGGACCACCAGUUCAAGAAAGAACAGAUCGUGCUGUCUCCGGUUAACUGCUGGAACCUGCUGCUAAGCCAGGUGAAGAGAGAGAGCCGCGACCAUGCCACGCUCAGUGACCUCUACCUCAACAACAUUAUCCCUCGCUUUGCCCAGAUCAGCGAGGACUCCGGACGUCUUUUCAAAAAGAGUAAAGAGGUGGGCCUCCAGCUGCAAGAGGACUUGAUGAAGGUCCUCAAUGAGCUGUACACGGUGAUGAAGACCUACCACAUGUACAACACUGACAGUAUCAAUGCAGAGAGCAAACUGAAGGAGGCAGAGAAACAGGAGGAGAAGCAGAUGGGUCGCAGCGUCAGGCAGGAGGACAGACAAACUCCACGCUCUCCGGACUCUCUCGCCAGCAUCAAAAUCGAAGAGAAACACGUGCGCCGCAGUUCCGUCAAGAAGAUCGAGAAGAUGAAAGAGAAGCGCCAAGCUAAAUACACUGAGAACAAGCUGAAAGCCAUCAAGGCCAGGAAUGAGUACCUGCUGGCACUGGAGGCAACUAACAGCUGCGUAUUCAAAUACUACAUCCACGAUCUCUCUGACCUCAUCGAUUGCUGUGACCUGGGUUACCAUGCCAGUCUCAACCGGGCGCUCCGCACCUACCUCUCAGCCGAGUUCAAUGUGGAGACGUCCAAGCAUGGUGGUCUGGAGGCCAUAGAGAAUGCAGCGGAGAACCUGGAGGCAAAUGCUGACAAACAGCGGAUCAUGGAGACCUACAACAACGUCUUCUGCCCCCCCAUGCGCUUUGACUUCCAGUCACACAUGGGAGACAUGGUGGAUCACAUGUGUGCCCAGCAGUCGCUGCAGGGAGAGUUGAUCCAGAGGUGCCAGCAGCUGCAGUCUCGUCUGUCCACACUCAGGAUAGAGAACGAGGAGGUGAAGAAGACCAUGGAGGCCACCCUCCAGACCAUCCAGGACAUGGUGACCAUCGAGGAUUACGAUGUGACCGACUGCUUCCACCACAGCAACUCCAUGGAGUCGGUCAAAUCCACUGUGUCCGAGUCCUUCAUGAGCAAGCCCAGUCUGGCUAAGAGGAGGGCCAACCAGCAGGAGACGGAGCAGUUCUACUUCACGAAACUGAAGGAGUUCCUGGAGGGUAGAAACCUCAUCACCAAACUGCAGGCCAAGUUUGACCUCAUCCAGAAGACUCUAGGAGAGAGUCAGAAGACUGACUAUUGCCUUGCCAGUGGAAGAAGGAACUCCUCCGUGCGGAAGCAGGACUCCAGCCAAGUUAUUCCCCUGAUGGUUGAGAGCUGUAUUGGCUUCAUCAGUCGGCACGGUCUGCACCAUGAGGGCAUCUUCAGAGUGUCUGGCUCCCAGGUGGAGGUUAAUGAUAUCAAGAACGCCUUUGAGAGAGGUGAAGAUCCCCUGGCAGGAGACCAGAAUGACCAUGACAUGGACUCCAUCGCAGGCGUGCUCAAACUCUACUUCAGGGGCCUGGAGAACGCUCUCUUUCCUAAGGAAGUCUUCCAUGAUCUCAUGUCCUGUGUCUCCAUAGAGAACCUGCAGGAAAGAGCAGCCCACAUCCGCAAGGUCCUGCUGUCACUACCAAGCAACACCCUGGUCAUCAUGAGAUAUCUAUUUGCUUUCCUCAACCAUCUGUCUCAAUACAGUGAGGAUAAUAUGAUGGAUCCCUAUAACUUGGCAAUCUGUUUUGGACCCACACUGAUGUCUGUUCCUGAGGGGCAUGACCAGGUCUCCUGCCAGGCCCACGUCAAUGAGCUCAUCAAGACAAUCAUCAUUCACCAUGAGAGCAUCUUUCCAGGACCUCGUGAACUGGAAGGGCCCAUCUAUGACCGCGGAGGGGCCGCAGAGGAGUACUGUGAUAGUCCACACAGCGAGCCCCCUCUAGUGGACGAACCUGCUCCUGACACGGUUUCUGAGCUGCACAACAGUGAUGACGGGUGCUUGAACGUUUCAGAGUCAGACCCCAUUGAGGCCAUAGCACGCUUUGACUACUCUGGCCGUACCAACCGUGAACUGUCCUUCAAGAAAGGAGCCUCUUUGCUGCUGUACCACCGUGCCUCUGAUGACUGGUGGGAAGGUCGACACAAUGGCACAGAUGGACUGGUGCCACACCAGUACAUAGUGGUGCAAGACAUGCCGGAUGGUUACACAGGCAGGGGCAGCCCCAAAGCCGACCUGGAGGCAACCCACGAGACGGUGCUACAGGAGGAGAAAGUUUCCGCCCGAGGCAGCGCCAGCUCCCCAACCGGAGGCCAUGUCGCAGACAUCUAUUUAGCCAACCUCAACAAAAUGAGAAAACGACCAGAGCCUGGCAAUAUCCGGAGAACAUUCCGGACAGCUGAGGGUCUGGGAGAGGGCUCAUCAGGGGCUGUGGGAGGUCUCAGGACUGCUUCCAUGCCCGUGGGUGGACUGCCCAAAGAAGGCUCCGACAAACGCCCGGUCAGCGCUCACAGUGUACUGAACUCCGUGGCGCGACACUCUUCGUUAAAGACCAAGGUAGAGAGCCCCCAGUUUCGCAAGGCAACCCCAGCCGGACGCUCCAAGAGCUUCAGCAACCACCGUCCCUUGGACCCCGAGACCUUUACCCAGGUGGAGCACAGCUCUCAGGACAUUGAGGCAACAAUGAACACUGCUCUGAAUGAGUUGCGGGAGCUGGAGAGGCAGAGCAGUGUGAAGCACGCUCCUGACGUGGUGUUGGACACUCUCGAGCAGCUGAAGAGCGGAGGCGCCUCAGAGCCUUCUAGCCCACUCCAUUCCCGCCUGCUGCGUGAGGUGGAUUCACCCCAGCAUCCUCUCCAACGCAGCGCCAGCUCUGCCAGCGACAUGCCCAGCACCUUCCGCCCAGGCAAGAGCGCCGGGCCCAAGAGCCCACUGCCAACCUCCACCUCUUCAGCAUCUCCGUCAUCUUCCUCCACCUCCUCUUUUCGAGACAACAGGCCUCCCGCCACCCGGCCCAAGCCCGUGGUCUUUCCCAAGAGCAGCUCCUCAGGGGGCAGCCCAGCCAUGGGUUCUCCCACCACCACCAUUCCCCCAACUCCUCCACCCCCUCCUCCACCUACUGACAAGUCGUGUCCAGUCUGAGGUCUUCAUAGCAUCAGACCAAACAACGUGUAGCCUGGAACAACUUCCAGUUCAUUUUUCUAAUAAUGAUUCCAAACCCUCUCAGAAAAGUGAGAGGAGUUAUACUCUACUCUGCAACUUUUUUCUUUUUUUUUUUUUUUUUCCAAAGGGUUGGUGAGGGGUGGAAGGUCACAACAGACAUCAGCAAAACUUGGCAGUCUAAGUACUCUCAAAGCUCAACACUGAUGUGGAACGCUUGCUUGUGUGAGCAUGUGUGUGCGUGCGUGCGUGCGUGCAUGCAUGUGUGCGUGUGUGUGUGUGUGUGUGUGAUCAGCAUACACAUAAAGGAAGAUUGGAGUGACAGCACUGUCUAACCCAUGUAAAGUUUUUGUUUUUGUUUUUGUUUUGUUUUUUUUAAUGGCAGAGUCCUUUUUUUUAAAAAAAAAAAAAAAUA